ACGCGACUCACGAUUUGAAAAAUUAAUCGCAGCGGAACAAUUGAUUAACAUGCAGAGCGGGAAUCAUCGAUUUUAACACAGGCAGAGAGUUGAACACAGACCGAUCGAUGUGUCGCUUCAGUCAGACACGAGCGAUUGAGGGAGGACACGCACCGAAUCAUCCAGACCGGCCCGCACACACAUCUGUGGACAUAUGCACAUACAUUAAUGUGACGUGUGCUCGUAUCGAUUGGUCUUCAGUGAUAUUAAAGAUACUUUUAUCAUGUGUGUAAUACGAGAAUGAGAGACGGGAACUCGCGCGCACCGGCCUGAUCGCGCGCCGGGCCGAAUUGAACUCUCUUAACCGUGAUUCAUCAGGAAUAAUAUUAUUAUAUUUAUAUUAGAUUAUAAUCGUUUUUAAGAGAAGAGAGGUUGACUGAUUCAGGGAGGAGGUGUGUGUUAUAUUAAACACAGAGAUGGAUCCCAACACAUCGGCGGACUUCAAUGUGGAGAACGUGGAGAAGGCACUGCAUCAGCUCUAUUAUGAUCCCAAUAUUGAGAAUAAGAAUCUGGCUCAGAAGUGGCUCAUGCAGGCUCAAGUGUCUCCGCAGGCCUGGCAGUUCUGUUGGGUUUUACUGAGACCAGAGAAGGUUCCAGAGAUCCAGUACUUCGGCGCCAGCGCUCUCCACACCAAGAUCUCGCGGUACUGGGGCGACAUCCCCGCCGAGCAGUACGACACGCUCAAAUCCCAGCUGUUUUCUCAGAUCGCUCACUUCGCUUCGGGCUCAAAGAUCGUGCUGACCCGGCUGUGCGUGGCGUUGGCAUCUCUCGCCCUCAACAUGAUGCCCGAGGCGUGGCCGGGAGCUGUGUCCGAGAUGGUGCGCAUGUUCCAGGAGGAAGGUGGCGAGGUGGACGGCCGUGCCCGCUGUCUGGCGCUGCUGGAGCUUCUCACCGUCCUGCCGGAGGAGUUUCAGACCAGCCGUCUGCCACAGUACCGUAAAGGACAGGUGAGAGGCGCUCUGGGUCGAGAGUGGACGGCUGUUUAUCCGCUCCUGCAGCAGCUCUUGCGACAGGCCGACUCGCCGGCGCUGGUCAAGGCUCGUGUGCUCAAGUGUCUGUCCAGCUGGGUUCUUCUGGACGUUCCUCUGAAUGAAAGCGAGGGAUUGGUGGAGGCCAGUUUCACAGCGCUGGCAGAUCCAGAACUGUUUGACGCCGCCGUGGAUGCCAUCGUCAACACCAUCUCACAGCCCGACUCACAACGAUACGUGAACACUCUACUGAAGCUAGUUCCGCAGGUUCUAAGGCUUCAGGAACAGUUACGAGACGCCAUACAGAAUGGAGACAUGGAGACGUCACACGGCAUCUGUCGAAUCGCCGUCAGUCUGGGAGAAAACCAUUCCAGAGCUCUGUUAGAACAGGUGGAGCACUGGCAGAGUUUUCUGGCUUUGGUGAACAUGAUCAUGUUCUGUACGGGUAUCCCCGGUCACUACCCCGUCAACGAGACCACCAGCUCACUCACGCUAACCUUCUGGUACACGCUACAGGAUGACAUCAUGUCGUUCGAGGCUGAGAGGCAGCAGGUGUAUCUGCAGGUGUACAGGCCGGUGUAUUUUCAGCUGGUGGAUGUUCUGCUUCAUAAAGCUCAGUUUCCUUCCGAUGAAGAGUACGCUUCCUGGUCAUCAGAUGAGAAAGAACAGUUCAGGAUCUACAGGGUGGAUAUAUCUGACACGUUGAUGUACGUCUAUGAGAUGCUGGGAGCUGAAUUACUCGGUAAUCUGUACGAGAAACUGGGCCGACUGCUGACCAACACAGAACAAACAUCAUCAUGGCAGCACACAGAAGCACUGCUGUAUGGAUUCCAGUCCAUCGCUGAAACCAUAGACGUCAACUACUCUGAUGUCAUUCCAGGACUCAUCGGCCUCAUCCCCAGAAUCAACAUCAAUAACGUUCAGCUGGCUGAUACUGUCAUGUUCACCAUCGGAGCUCUGGCCGAGUGGUUAGCAGAUCAUCCGGUGAUGUUGAGCAGCGUCCUGCCGCUGGUGUUACAGGCGCUGGGGAAUCCAGAUCUCUCCGUUUCCAGCGUCUCAACACUCAAGAAGAUCUGCAGAGAGUGUAAAUUUGACCUGCCUCCAUACGCCAGCAAUAUAGUCGCUGUGUCACAGGAGGUGCUGAUCAAACAGAUUCAUAAGACGAGUCAGUGUAUGUGGUUAAUGCAGGCGUUAGGGUUUCUGUUGUCUGCGUUGCCCGUGCAGGAGAUUUUAAAGAAUCUUCACUCUCUCAUCACUCCGUACAUCCAGCAGCUUGAGAAACUGGCAGAAGAGACGCCGAACCCCUCGAAUAAACUGGCCAUUAUUCACAUCCUGGGUCUGCUGUCCAAUCUCUUCACCACACUGGACAUCAGCAAACAGGAGGAGGAGUCAGGAGAGAGCGCCCCGCCCGUUAAAUCUGCCCCGCCUCAGACCGGACCCAAUCCUGUGGUGGUGGUGCUCCAGCAGGUCUUUGCUUUAAUCCAGACUGUUCUCAGUAAAUGGCUGAAUGAUUCACAGGUGGUGGAGGCGGUGUGUGCUAUCUUUGAGAAGUCUGUGAAAACUCUCCUGCAUGAUUUUGCUCCGAUGGUGUCUCAGUUGAGUGAGAUGUUGGGUCAGAUGUACAGAACGAUACCUCAGGCGUCAGCUCUGGAUUUGACCCGUCAGAUGGUUCAUAUAUUUGCCAGCGAAACGGAUCAUUUCCCACCAAUCAAAGAUCUGUUUGAACUGGUCACUUCUGUCACGCUCACCAUCUUCCAGCAAGGGCCCAGGGAUCAUCCUGAUAUUGUUGAUUCAUUUAUGCAGCUCCAAGCUCAGGCGCUCAAGCGGAAGCCUGAUUUAUAUUUAUCUGAGAGUCUCGACGUGAAAGCCGUGUUCCACUGUGGACUGCUGUCGCUAAAGUUUCCUGAAGCUCCUACAGUUAAAUCCACGUGCCUCUUCUUUACGGAACUCAUACCGCGCUGUGCAGACGUUCCUCCCGUCGCUCGGCUCCUUCAUGAAGACGGUAAACUCCUGCUGUCGGCCGUACUGGAGGCGAUCGGCGGUGGGUCGUCUCGCUGCCUCAUGGAUCAGUUCGCUGAGAUUCUCUUCUGUCUGAACAAACAUUGCUUCUCUCUAUUGACGGUGUGGCUCAAAGAAGCUCUGAGAUCUCCGGGCUUUCCGUCCUCGCGCGUGACAGAUGAACAGAAGGACACCUUCAGUCAGCAGGUGCUCAGGGAGCGAGUGAACAAGCGUCGUGUGAAGGACAUCGUGAAGGAGUUCACGCUGGUGUGUCGUGGACUUCACGGAACCGAGUACGCCGCAGACUACUGAGUGCAAACAGACUCUGAGGAAAACCUGAACUCCCAGAAUCCCUUUUGCCGCAACACAACACGUGAAUGACACGCUGUCAGAAGAACUGUGAUGGAAAGAAGCGUGUAGGACGGGGAUCUUUCUCUCUCUUUCUCUCUCUCUGGAUAGUUUGGUGUUUUGAGGCCUGACGGGCGAUCUGAACAUCUUUCCUGCAUCUCACGGCAUGUUCGCUGUAACGGUUCUUUGAUUCGCUCACCUUCUAGAUCUUCCGUGGCUCUUGGGCUGUUUCCCUGUGACCAUUCUGUUUGAACAGAGAAAUAGUGUUAGUUGAAUGUGUUUUGGAUUUUGGAGAUGCUGAACAGCAUAUAUAUAUAUAAACACACACACACAUAUAUAUAAAUAAAUAUAUAUAUCAUAUAUCGACAUGCACUUGUAAUAAUGUAGUAAAGUUUGUGUGCUGCUAACAGAGAGAGGGACCAUCGCCGAAUGAAUCUUCUCUGCGGCUUUAUCCGUCUAACACCUCACGCUUGAUUCUGACAAAAUAUUGUGCUGGUUUACUAAAGCAGAUGAAUGUCUUCAGAGAUCAGCUCAGCAGUAUGUCUCGCAACAAAUGAGACGGAGAGAGAGAAAUACAACAGUUCUGUUCAUGCUUGUUUCUGUCUUUUGGGCUGAUGUCCGAACAAUUCAACAAAACACUCCAAAUGUUGAACUUUGCUGUAGCUGAAGAUCAAGUGCCAUUAGACUCAUCGUCACAUCUUUAACAAAUAAUGAGUCCAGACGUCUGUGUAGAGCGUGUCUAUAUUGAGUACUCUUGAAGUGUGUGUCUCGUGGGCUCGUCUCAGUUGACAGAAUUUUCACAUUGGAACAGUGUACACGUGUCUUUAUGAUUGCUUGUGUGUGCAGAUGUGUGUUUAAUGACUUCUCAGUGCACUUAUCAUGACAUGAAACGCGAUCACGUCUCUCUCUCUCUCUCGUUUAACCCUUCUGCUGCCUGCAGACAUGUAGCAUGUGUGUUGUGUUACAUAUGAGAUGGUGUGGACCAGUGAACGAGGCUGUUUUAAUGUGAUUGUAUAGUGAGAAUAAAGGGAGAGAUGGAGUCAAAUGUACAUGAGCUAUUCCUUUUUUGUACCUUGUUUUAAUUUAUUAAAUACAUCCAUGAUGGCAA